GCCAGAAAUCUUUCACGACAUGCAAGUCUCAUCGUCAAAAGAAAAUCGCGCUGCCGAAAUAGAUCAGUGCUUGAAUCUUCUAUCACCUUCCUCCUCGGAUGAAUCCAAGUUCACAGCCUUACUUAUCCUACCACGACUGUUGGAUUCCAACGACCAUGCCACCAUUCAACGAGUAUUUGACAAAAUGAACUUUAAAUUUAUUGAGCGUCUCAUGAAGUCCAAGAAGACAGCCGAAGUGCCUGAGACAGUUAUGCAAGAAAUUGCGGUCAACAUCUUGUCAUACUUUAGCACAGUAGAAUCUUUGACCUCUUCUGAACAACUAAUCGCACGCAUACCAACGCUUUCAUUAUGCAUCAAACCAAGAGACGCAACCGAUAUUACCAAAGAUGUACUCAUGACUCUGAUGCGACUUGCCAAGUCAGAUUCUGCUCUGCAAGCCAUACUUGAUAAGCAAGUGUUGUCUAGGAUACUUAUACUAUUAGGAGAUGAUGCCUCUCGGGAGGAACAGGAUCUCGCCAAGCACAUCAUUAUUCUUGUCUACGGAUCAGCAUUCAACAGAUUGGAACAGUCAAAUUCAACGGAUCUGAAGACUAGCUUAAUAGAGUCGCUCAAAUACAGCCUGAUACCCACCUUAUCUAGUACAUUACGUGUAAGGCAGGACACAAGCAAGUUCAUCGCGGUGGAUAUAUUGCACCGUGUUUUCAACGAGUGCCCAACCAAUAUAGUGAAAGAGUUGGAAAAAGAAGAGAAACAGCGGUUUGACAUAUGGAUUGAGAGUAUCCGAUCAGGUGUACGCCAGGUCUUGACUAGCAAAACCGUUUCCGAUCGAAGGGAUCACGCAUUCUCACUGAUUGCAGUAUUACUUCGGCAUAUUGGGCCACGGUGGCUUUUCUCAACUCUUGAGAAAAGCGCUUCGAUAUCUCCAUCUCCCACGACCCCAAGACAAGCGGAAAAGAGACCAGCUACCACCUCGGUGGAGAAACCAAUGGCUUCUGAUGAGGCCAGUAUUGAUGCACGUUUUCCAGCCUUAUUGAUUCAGUUAGCAAGUUUGGAAAUUCGACUCAUUCUAGAUGAUCUCGGUGGCGAAAAAGAUGUAAAGGCCAUAGAGGCAGAUCCAUCAUCGGAUCGAUCAGUGGCGAUGUUACCCAUGUUUUACCAGAUGAUCGAAUCGGCUAUCCUGUAUCUCACCAGUGAUGACCUUGCUUUAGAGGGCACGGACAUUGACCUUAUCUUUAAGAUACGGCAGAUUCUCACCGAACUAUUCAAAGCGAUAAUAGAUUUUUUGAAUGACACUUUCUCACGAACGGAUCAACAGGACAUUUUUGAUGACAUAGUCGUCCUUGCCAGCGUUCGAUUACUGGCUAUUUGGAUUGAAGAGGAUGAUUCUCUCAAUAAUGACAUGUCCUCCAAGACGAUGACGAUGGUCGAAACCUUCCGUGAGCAAGAACUGUAAUCAUUGAUAGAUAAUCUUAGAUAGAAGUUGUGGAGAAGAAUGAAACACGGGUGAAGACAAAAAAGUACAUAAAUUGAACAUUGUAUGUUUCCUACUUUCCGACCGAUAGGUUGAAUGCAUGAAUGGGAAUUUACUGCUGAAUAAUUUGAGAGUCCGCAGUAAGAGAAUG